AUUGCUGUUGUUAUUGAUGUCAUCGUUGUUGGAUAGGACAGAGAGAAAUGGAAAGAGGAGGAGAAGACAGAGAGAGAAAGAUAGACACCAGCAGACCUGCUUCACGGCUUGUGAAGCGACUCCCCUGCAGCAUGCCCUCAGUCGCCAUGCGGGGGGCUCUGACACCCCUGUCUUUGCUGCCACUGCCACCUCUUCUGCUGCUGCUGCUGGGCUGUGGGCCUUGGACAGUCGCCGGCGGAGGGGCCGCCGGGCCAGCGGGCUACGCACCUGUCAAGUACGUGCAGCCCAUGCACAAAGGACCCGUGGGGCCACCCUUCCGCGAGGGCAAGGGCCAGUACCUGGAAAUACCUCUACCACUGCUGCCGAUGGACCUGAAAGGAGAGCCUGGCCCUCCUGGGAAGCCUGGACCUCGGGGGCCUCCUGGCCCUCCUGGCUUCCCAGGAAAACCUGGCACUGGCAAGCCUGGGCUCCAUGGGCAGCCAGGCCCCGCUGGACCUCCUGGAUUCUCUCGGGUGGGAAAAUCUGGCCCCCCAGGACUCCCAGGCAAGGUUGGACCCCCAGGGCAGCCAGGGCUUCGGGGGGAACCUGGGAUACGAGGGGACCAGGGCCUUCGUGGGCCCCCAGGAACCCCUGGCAUCCCUGGACCCUCAGGCAUUGCUGUCCCUGGAAAACCAGGCCCCCAGGGGGUGCCAGGGCCCCCCGGAUUUGGUGGGGAGCCAGGGCCACAGGGAGAGCCUGGGCCCCCUGGUGAUCGAGGCCUCAAGGGAGAUAACGGAGUAGGCCAGCCAGGCAUACCGGGUGCCCCAGGGCGGGGGGGUGCCCCUGGGCCCCCUGGUCUUCCUGGUCCAGUUGGCUUGGGAAAACCAGGUUUAGAUGGGCCUCCUGGGGUCCCUGGACAUAAGGGUGACUCUGGGCCUCCUGGGGUUCCAGGACCCAGGGGGGAGCCCGGGGAUUUGGGUCCAAAAGGAUCCCCUGGAGUGGAUGGAGUGGGAGUGCCUGGUGUAGCAGGGGUGCCAGGGCCACAGGGCCCAGCAGGGGCCAAAGGGGAGCCAGGAACCCGGGGCCCCCCUGGCCUGAUAGGCCCCACUGGCUAUGGGAUGCCAGGACUCCCAGGUCCCAAGGGGGACAGAGGCCCAGCAGGAGUCCCAGGGUUGUUGGGGGAUAGGGGUGAGCCAGGGGAAGAUGGAGAACCAGGAGAACAGGGUCCACAGGGACUUGAGGGGUCCCCUGGACUUCCGGGGUCUGCAGGGCUCCCUGGUAGACGAGGGCCCCCUGGGCCUAAGGGGGAGACAGGGCCUGGAGGACCCCCAGGAGAACCUGGCAUUCGAGGUGACCAGGGACCUAAUGGCCUGGCUGGGAAACCUGGGCUUCCAGGAGAGAGAGGCCUUCCAGGGACUCAUGGACCCCCUGGACCAACUGGGCCCAAAGGUGAACCUGGUUUUACAGGCCGCCCGGGGGGCCCCGGAGUGGCAGGAGCCUUGGGACAAAAGGGUGACUUGGGGCUCCCUGGACAGCCCGGCCUGAGAGGCCCCUCAGGAAUCCCAGGACUCCAAGGCCCAACUGGCCCCAUCGGGCCCCAAGGUCUGCCAGGUGUGAAGGGCGAGCCAGGCUUGCCAGGGCCCCCUGGAGAGGGGAAAGUGGGGGAACCUGGCAUGACUGGGCCUAUAGGGCCUCCAGGGGUCCCGGGUUCCCCAGGACUCACAGGCCCUCCUGGGCCUCCUGGGCCCCCCGGGCCUCCGGGUGCCCCCGGGGCCUUCGAUGAGACUGGCAUUGCAGGCCUACAUCUGCCCAAUGGUGGUGUGGAGGGUGCUGUGCUAGGCAAGGGAGGCAAGCCACAGUUUGGGCUAGGUGAGCUGUCGGCGCACACCACUCCUGCUUUCACGGCCGUGCUCACCUCGCCCUUCCCUGCCUCGGGCAUGCCUGUCAAAUUUGACCGGACGCUCUACAACGGCCAUAGCGGCUACAACCCGGCCACCGGCAUCUUCACCUGCCCUGUGGGUGGGGUCUACUACUUCGCUUACCACGUGCACGUCAAGGGCACCAACGUGUGGGUGGCCCUGUACAAGAACAACGUGCCGGCCACCUACACCUACGACGAAUACAAGAAGGGCUACCUGGACCAGGCGUCUGGGGGUGCAGUGCUGCAGCUGCAGCCCAACGACCAGGUCUGGGUGCAGAUGCCCUCGGACCAGGCCAAUGGCCUGUACUCCACGGAGUACAUCCACUCUUCCUUUUCAGGAUUCUUGCUCUGCCCCACAUAACCCCCAGGGGGCGCUGCUGCUCGGCCUCCUCCCCUUUAGAGGUAGAGAGACCUUUUCAGUUACAAGGAACCUCCAUUUAAAGAAAAGAAAUUCCCCCCCAAGCCCAAGGCUGGACAGAGGCGGCUGCAGUUUUGGCCCAAGGAGAUGGACUUGGCUGGUUUCUCCCUCCACACAGUCUGGGUGCUUCAAGGAAGAGGCUGGCCUGAGUGUGUAGUGUUGGGAUGCCCCUGUCUCCCAACCCAGCCUGCAGGCAGGGCCUCAGGACUCUCAGAUCAACUUCGGGAAAGCUGUCCCCUGAGUUCUGGGUUUGGCUGGAUGGUAAAGGAGCCUGCUUCUUGGAAACAGAGCCAAGUUAAGGGGCAUAUUCCCGGCCUUUCCUGCCGACUCCCAGCUCCCCUAGGACUUCUAGCAUAAUAGUGGGUCCUUCCCCAUUGUUUCCCUCGAGGAGAAGGAGUUGGGGGACCCAUAAAGGAGGCCAGUUUGGCUCCGUGCCAGGACUUCUCAAGUCCAGGGGUGCUGGUGCAGUGAAAGGCACCACCCAAGUGAAGGUCUUGGGGAAGUGCUCUGUGAGGAGCUGGGAGCUGGAUUCAGGCAGGGCAGCAGCCCCUGUCAUUGGUCUCCAGCUCAGCUCUGUCUGAUAUCAGGGCAGCCACACAGGACCCUCGGGACUGCUGUGGGCAGGUGGGAUAGCCAGCGACCAGGAGUACCCCAUUUUACUAUCACCUGUGGGGGAGAGCUGAUUUUUCUCAGACAAAACUGUAAGGGAGCCUUGACACCCUCACUCCAAGUAUCCCCAAGGCAGAAAGCCUCUUGUUUGGCUCUCAGAACAAGGGGCACGCGAGCUCAGGAAUGAGAAAGGCUUCUGCCUGUGUUUCCUUAACCAGAAUCACAUGGUGCCUACAUGCGUCUGCUAGAAGGGUUAAUUGGUGGGGGCUUCCUCCACUCUCUGGUUCCAAUUUCCUGUUCUAAGCAGGAUUACAGCUCAGGAGGCCAAAGCUCCGGGAGAAGGGGUGCCUGUGGGCCCCUUUAGAAGGACUUGGCUUUGGUCUGUUCUGCCACCUUCCCCAAUCAGAGUGCCCCCUGCAGGACACAGGCAAGCUUGCCCUCCUGCGUCCCAUUCCUUGGUUGGAGGAGGGGGAUAAAGGUUUGUGCUGGGGGCGGGGCCAGUGGGCACUCUUGCCCAUGCAAGGACAUCCACCUUCCCAGCAACUCGGGCCUGUCCUUCAGCUCUGCCCAGCCAGCCCACUUCCCUGAAGCCAGUGUGAACCUGGUCACGGAUGUGCUCUUGUUGCUCACUCCUCUUCAGAUUGCGCUGUCCAUGUUGGAAAUGGGGGGCACUGCUGAGUCCUGCCCCUCCCCAGGUCUCCACAUCCACAGCUCUAACCAUGGCAGGUCACUCACUAGACUUCUCACUUUAACUUUCAAGAGGAGGCACUGAAACUCCAAUCUGUCCAAGUGACAUUUUUAAGAAUGGGUUUGCACUGGGACUCAUGGUGGAUUUCUUGCUCUCCAACACACAAGAUUGAGGAGUCUCAGGCCAUACCUGACUGGGAUCCUUUGCUCAGCCUGCUUCCAGGGUCAGAGCCACCAACAUGUUACCUGCUAGGAAGGGUUUUGAUGGGCAGAACAUCAGUGCUCAGAGCAAGCCCAGGGGACUAAGGAGGACAGCAGGGAGCUGGGGAGGAAAAGAAAGCUGUUUCAUAGAGCUGAGCUUUGGCAAAAUGUCAUUCCUAAAGCUGGGGGUGGGUUGGGGUGGGGGUGAGUGCUGCUUCUGAAAUGUUUAUGGGGCUUCCAGUUCCAGGUGUCUACUUCACUGAACUAGUUUUGAUAAACAAUGCCAGAUUUUAACAAUGAAAAUUUGUGCAUCUUAAUAUUUUGAUUUUUUUAAGAUAAGUGUUUAAAUGUUUUCCAAUAGUAAUUCCAUUUCCAACCUGGUGUAGGAAGCUUAGUUCUCUACAUGCCUGUUAUGUGCCCUGUAUCACAGAUCUGAGAAAAAUUCACUUGGGAAUCAAGGAAGAUGGGACUUUUUGCAGAGCAAAAGAACAGUGUUGGCAGUACUGACACAACCUCAAUAAAACCUGUUGCAUAAAACAGCA